UUUUUUCAAUGCAGCUUAGCUCGGAUACCUGACCGUUGACGUGCCCAUGGCAGCUUAGCCCCAGAUCCUUGCAACCCUCAAUCGCGCUAGGAAUAGAUACGGACUAGCGUAUCCGCUAUCAAAUAAAUCCGGCCGAUAGAGCAAGUCGGCAUCUGGGCUUACAGAUGGGAAGGAGCGCAUUGUCGCAUAGUGGCGUAUGAAGCAAUUGAAUGUCUGUGCCCCGUUUAGCUAAGCCGCCUCUACUUUAACUUUCACCUUCAACGUUCAACGUUCAAUCUUCGAGUGUUCACCUUCAUCUUCAUAUUAUUGGGAAAAUGGCAAUGAACGUCUAACCCGCUUAUUGGACGCACUUGAUCUAAAGAAACACCCCGAGCCCGGGAUUUCCUCUUUAUAUCAAUUCCUAUUCCUACAACGGUCCUUGAUGGAUCGUUGCGUGUACCCAUAAGGCCGCACCUCUUGCAUCUGAUUACAAAGAUUACUUCUCGAUCCUGUUCUAAACUAGGCACUCAACAUGUCUGAAGAACGAAGUAAGAUAUCGCUCCGCACAGGCCCUAAGAGGAAAGCUCGCCCUACUAUAAGCGCCCCUAGGCAAAUCUCCGAACCUAUCCCAAACAAUGACGUCCCUGUGCCUCGCAGUACCGGUGGACGACCGGGUCCCGGCGGCCCACCACCGCCUCGACAGCGACAGCCCCCUUCAACUAGUGGGAAGACUAGCGAUCUCGUCAAGCGACGAUACUCAACUCGCUUCAACAAUCUCCCCAGUGAUUAUGACCCAAAUGUUCCCCCGGUUCCUUCCAUGCCUAGUUUCGAUCCAUCGAGAUACGAUCAGCCCCCACCACGGGCUCGACCGCCCCCGUCCCGUGAUGGAGGUGCGCCUAGGGUGCCACCAACAGUUGACCCAAAGGCACUGAGAGACCCGAGGCUCAUACCCGAUCAAUAUGUGUCGAGCAUUCUGAGCGAAGCUACCGAAGACGAGAUCCGAGAUUACGAAAUCGCCUUGCGCAAGUUGAAGAAUAGGGCAUCGGCAGAUUUACAGCAGAGCGUCUAUCAAAACCGAGCACAGUUUAUUAAGAUCAGCAAGGAAGCUGAGAAGCUCAAGGCAGAGAUGCGUUCUCUACGCAAUCUGUUCAAAGAACUAGCUACAAACACGAACGCACUUAGGGCUUCGUCAGGAGGCAACAAUGUCUCUAUAAAUGGAGAAUUUUCCACUGGCCUUAGUAAGAGGGACAAACGCAGCUCGGUGGCCGAUAGAUCAGCUCUUUGGAACGCUCAGAUGCAGGCUCUCUACAAAAAUGUCGAAGGCUCCCAGAAAUUUCUACCCAAUUCGAUGGGUAGGCACGUCGUCCAGAAUGCCGGGCCCUGGAUUGAACUUGACAAUGCGACGUAUAAGUCCAGGAGAUCUAUGCAGCUCUUCCUUCUUAACGACCACCUGCUUGUUGCUUCGCGUAAGAAACGUAAGACGGAUAACCCUAAUGACACACGAGGUCCGGCGACGAAGCUGGUUGCCGAUCGUUGUUGGCCGCUAUUAGACAUCGAGGUCGUUGAUAUGGCUGCAACCACCGAUUCGUACAGCGGUAGGAACAAGCUUGCAGAUGCUAUCAUGGUUCGAGGUGUUGGUCAGGAAUCUUUCAUCUAUCGGACGGAGAAACCGGAAGACACCGAGAAGGCAACCUUGGUAUUGAAUAUUAGAAAGGCGGUCGAGGAACUGCGAAAGAAUUUGCAGUCCGAGUUGGAAGCUAAUAAUAAGGCUAAAGAAACCAUUAAUUAUUUUGCUUCCCGAGAUCCGGGCUUGCUGCAGAAGACAGAGCUACUCGAGACGCUAUCCGAUAUCAAGGAUAUGCUGAUUGAGGUGGACGGAAAGCAGCAGAAUCUUCGCUGGGUUGAGGGUCAGAUGGACGAGCUCGAUAUUGACAUCGCGCUUCAGAAGUUUGAGCUAGCGGUUGACCGCGUCGAGACGAUGCAGAAGCUUGCUCGUGGACUUAAAAACAACAUUAUCGCGCAAGACUUCAUCAACUUCAAGGUCGAGGAGAGAUGCACGAAACUGGCCGGGCUUAUCAUACGGGAACUCAUAGACGCACAUAGUCAACCACUAAAGGCGAAGCGCAACGUUGAGUGGCUGAAUAGGCUAGGUUUUGAGGACAGCGCGAGAGAUGCCUAUCUCAAGGCCCGGAGCGACCUGAUCCAAAAGCGCUCAAGACAAUGCGUUUUCCAAGGUGACCUCCACCUUUACAUUUGGCAGAUCUCGUUUGUCUAUUUCAGCAUCAUACGAAAUACGGUGAGCUGUUUCCAAAGCUGUUUCCCGCAGACGAUGAUGAGCGCAUGCGUGAAAUGGGCCAAGGAAGAAGUGGACGCGUUCAACGUGAUCUUAGCCAGGCAGCUGAGUAGCACGGAGAGGAAUGGUGUAGUAUGGAAGCAAUGCAUGGACAGAGCAAAGACCCAUGCGAAGAUGCUGGAAGAAGUCCAGUUAGACUUCCGAGACCUAGUUGGUCGAGAGGUACCUCAAGGCACGAAGUCCAAUGACCCGGUGGGCCUUGGAUUGACGUAGCUCUCCCAUAUUCCUAGAAAAAAUCGAUGUAUACAUUAAAGUAGUAUGGUACAUAUAACAUCAGCUGGAGGGUGGUUAACUAUAUCAAUACAAUUCGAUACGAUGCGGUAGAUCUAUACAUGAAUAUCUACCUAGGUAUAUACCGUCUACUUCUUAUACAUGUACCUAAACGUUUAGAUAUAAAGGGAAGGAAGGGUGAGCCGCAUGUUAAGCGAAGACUGACGUAUUACAAGGGUACGUACUGCUGGGUAGCUUGUACAGUACAGGGACAAUGUAGCGCUGUAGCGUCAGUACCUUACGUUAGGUACCUAACCUCCCUUAUGAAAGGUCCGACCGCAUUCUAAUAUUCUGCCAUCUUCAAACAAAA